AAAGCCCUCUCCCCCUCAGCUGGAGCCCAUUCUUGCUCUGAAGUCUCACAGUGGGGAAAGCAGGGAUGAAGCGACUCUUCACGGCUACUUUUGCACUCUUUGUGCUGUCUGCCUUUGACCAGGCAGACUCCUCAGCCUAUGACAAGAUAGUUGCCCAUAGUCGUAUUCGAGCAAAGAAAGAAGGACCAAAUGUGUGCGCUCUCCAGCAAGUCGUGGGGACAAAGAAGAAAUACUUCAGCACUUGCCGUAAUUGGUACCAAGGGGCCAUCUGUGGAAAAAAAGCGACCGUGUUGUAUGAGUGUUGCCCAGGUUACAUGAAGUUGGACGGCUUGAGAGGCUGUCCUGCAGUUGCUCCCAUUGACAACGUUUAUGGCACCCUCGGCCUGGUCAAAGCCAAAAAUACCCAGGAAUACUCUGCUAUAUCCAAGCUACGAGAAGAGAUUGAAGGUUCCGGGUCGUACACCUUCUUCGCACCCAGUAAUGAUGCAUGGGAUCUUUUGGAUACGGAGGUGAGGAAUGCUCUGGUGAGCAAUGUUAAUAUCGAGCUGUACAAUGCUCUGCACUACCACAUGGUCAACAAACGCCUUCUCACCAAAGACCUCAAGAACGGAAUGACCGCAACCUCCAUGUACAACGACUUGAGCCUGCUCAUCAAUCAUUACUCCAAUGGGGUUGUCACAGUGAACUGUGCCAGGAUCAUUCACGGCAACCAGGUGGCCACCAACGGAGUGGUCCACGUCAUUGACCGCGUCAUCACAGCUGUUGGCAACACCAUUCAGGAUAUAAUCGAAGUCGACGAUGAACUAAGCACUUUGAGUACUGUGGCUACUGAAUCCGGUUUGAUUGAGAAGCUGGGUCAGCCGGGACACUUCACCCUGUUCGCCCCCACCAACGAUGCCUUUGAAAAUCUGGAUAGAGAGGUUAUGGACAGGCUUAUGAAAGACAAGGUUUCCCUCCAAGCUCUCCUCAACUACCAUCUGUUGAACUCAGUUCAGUGCUCUGAGGCCAUCAUGGCCGGCACGUCUCAUGAGACCCUGGAGGGCAGCAAUAUUGAAAUUGGCUGCGAUGGCGAUAGCCUUACAGUCAAUGGCAUAAAGAUGGUACUCAAGAAGGACAUUGUCACCAGCAAUGGAGUCAUCCACCUCAUCGAUCAAGUCCUCAUGCCCGACUCUGCUAAACAGGUUAUGGAGCUGGUUGGACAGUCUCAGAGCACCUACGGUGACAUGUUGACAGAGCUAGGCUUGUCUGCAGCCAUGAGACCCCAGGCUGAGUACACGCUCCUGGCUCCACUCAACGCAGCCUUCAACGAUGAGGUGAUGUCCAUGGACCAGAGCUUCCUGAAGAUCAUUCUGGAAAACCACAUAAUCAAGAACAAGGUUGUGCUGAGUCAGCUGUACAACGGUCAGCGCCUGGAAACACUCGCAGGGAAAUUUCUCAGAGUCUUCGUCUACCGCACAGCAGUCUGCAUUGAGAACGCCUGCUUCAUCCGUGGAAGCAAAGAGGGAAGUAAUGGUGCCCUCCAUCUCAUGAAGACCCUGAUCACGGCACCAGAGUCCACCAUGUACCAACUUCUGGUGAAAAACGGAGCAUUCAAGAUCUUUUUGUCUCUGAUGGAAGCAGCUGGUCUGACUGAUAUGCUCAAACAGGAAGGAGAUUUCACACUCUUUGCCCCUACAGAUGAGUCUUUUGCAGGGCUCAGUGAGAGAGACUUGUCUCUUUUGAAGAGUGACGUUAACGCCCUCAGAGCCAUUCUGCUCUAUCACUUCAGUAACGGCGUCUUCAUCGGUGGAGGCUUGGAGACUGGAGUCACUAACCUCCUCAAAACUCUCCAGGGCAGCAAUUUGAAGGUGUUGUAUGCAAAUCAGAGCAUGCAGGUCAACACUGUGAAAGUUCCUGAGUCUGAUUUAAUGGCCACAAAUGGAGUUGUUCACUUCGUCAGGACUCUUCUGUACCCUGAGGAUAUACCUGUUGGUAGCCAGGAACUCCGUUCACUCCUGACAAGGAUCAUCCGAUACAUCCAGAUUAAGUAUGUUUCUGGAUACAGAUUUCAGGAGAUCCCUCUGACAUUUAUGAGAAGAGUCAUCACAGUUCCUGGUGAUGUUACAAAAGUCACCAGAGUCAUCCAGGGAGAGCCUACUAUCACCAAGGUGACACGGGUUAUUGAGGGUCAACCUACUUUCACUAAAGUCACCAGGGUAAUCGAAGGACAGCCUUCCAUGACUAAGGUUACGAGAGUCAUCGAAAGUGAUCCAGCUAUGACCAAAGUCACCAGAGUCGUUAAAGGUCCUGAAUAUUCAGUCACCAGCUCCUCCGAUAUGGAGCGUUAUGAUUUCAGCGAGGACCCUGACAGCAUCACUAGUUACAUUCAAGAGGGAAGAAGGGUGGCUGGAAGAAGGCCAGGAAUACCCCGGAGGAGAGUCUAGAUCUAGACUGGACAGAGAUUGCACAAGUUGAAAACAAGACCUGAAGAGUACUUCCUUCAUUUACUUGCGCAGUGGUCCAGAACCUACCAGGUUGAAGUUGAGUUUAAGGCAAAAGAAAAACAUACUCAAUAUUGAUCAUUCCUGUUUGUUCCAAAGAUAAUGGUGAUUUUUGUUCAAGUACAUUUGGUCCACAUCAUGGGGAUACAACAUUCCCAAAAUGUGUAUAUAAAUAAGCUCUCUCUCUCUUUUUGUUGUCAAGUAUGGUCUGAAAAAUCACAGUUUCACCUUCGUCAUAAAUAAAUGAUCAUGUGUGAUGUUACACAAAACAACAUCUGAUGCUUUCUGAUGUUUUUGUUACAUGAUUUGGAAACAUUUGUACAACCAUGUAUUACCGUUUGUAUGAAACAACUCAAAAAAUGGAAGCAUUCAUAUACAUGGUAUAAGGAACAGUUAAAAUGAACAAAUGACUAAAACCAGCAGUAUGAAUUUAUUUUUCUGGGGUACGGUUUACAGUUGCAUGGACAAUGAUUUUAUGGUGCUCAUGUUUAGAUGGUGUAAAAUUUAAAAUAAAAAUAGAAAUGAUGUUGCAGUGUUUUGUUAGAAAAUCUUGAUUUUAUUUCCAUGUUCUUUUCAUUGUGUGAUAGAGGUUUGAUUGUUCUUCCUUGGUGUUUUUGUAUGUGUAUGUAAGUGUGUCCAUUUGCAUAAACCGUGCACAAAUGUGCUGAUUUAUGUUACCAGUCCAAGGUUAAUUUGACAAACAGGUUUUGGCUACUUUCCAUUUAUUUUUCAAUUUCCAUAAUAAACUCAACUUUUAGACAU